AUGGAUAACAAAGAUAAAGGGGGAGGCAAAGGAGGCACAGAAGGAGGAGGGCUGACAGAAGAAAAACAGAAAGCCGAGGAGGCUGGCGAUGAAGACAAGUGGACCAAAGACAAGCACAACAAGCUGGAGAAGGAGGGCAACGAGAAGGAGCCGAGCGGAGAGGCCAAGAGGGGGAACCGUCACUGUCCGUUGAGGAGUGGCUGGGCUCUGACUGAACGCCUGGCCAUCAACGUGUCAGGGAUGCGUUAUGAGACCCAGCUGCGCACCCUCGCUCAGUUCCCAGACUCCCUGCUGGGCAACGCCCGGAAAAGACUUCAAUACUUUGACCCGAUGCGGAAUGAACUCUUUCUGGACAGGAGCCGGGUCUGCUUUGACGCCAUCCUGUACUUCUAUCAGUCAGGCGGGAGGCUUCGGAGGCCUGCCAACGUUCCUCUGGACAUAUUUUUGGAGGAGCUGCGCUUCUACGAGCUUGGAGAGGAGGUCAUCGACCACUUCAAGGAGGACGAAGGCUUCCCAAAAGUAGAGGAGAGUCCUUUACCCAAGAAUGAUCUGCAGCGUAGCCUCUGGAUGCUGUUUGAAUAUCCAGAGUCCUCCGGUGCAGCUCGGAUCAUCGCCAUCAUCAGCGUUGCUGUCAUCAUUAUUUCCAUUCUCAUCUUUUGCCUGGAAACUCUGCCUGAGUUCAGGAAUGAGAAGGAACAGAGGGAGCAAUUCACCACCAUACCUCACCCCACCAUAGCGAAUGAAACCAUCUUGGUCCCACCUGGCUUCACUCCCUUUCAGGACCCCUUCUUCAUCGUGGAGUCUGUCUGCAUUUGCUGGUUCUCCUUUGAACUCAUCAUGCGCUUCAUCUGCGCUCCGAGCAAGGUUCACUUCUUCAAAGACGUCAUGAACACCAUCGACUUCUUCGCCAUCAUUCCCUACUUUGUCACACUGGGCACUGAGCUGGCCAAGGACAAAGGCACGCAGCCCUCCGUGUCCCUUGCCCUCAUCAGGGUCAUCAGGUUGGUGAGGGUCUUCAGGAUCUUCAAGCUCUCUCGUCACUCUAAGGGACUCCAGAUCCUGGGCCAGACGCUGAAGGCCAGCCUGCGAGAGCUUGCCCUGCUCAUCUUCUUCCUCUUCAUUGGGGUCAUAAUCUUCUCUAGCGCUGUCUACUUUGCAGAAGUGGACAAUCCUGACACAUCUUUCACAAGCAUCCCUGAGGCUUUCUGGUGGGCCGUGGUGUCCAUGACAACGGUCGGUUACGGGGACAUGUAUCCGGAGACGGUUGGCGGGAAGCUGGUGGGCUCCAUGUGUGCCAUCGCCGGCGUGCUCACCAUCUCGUUGCCGGUGCCCGUCAUUGUGUCCAAUUUCAGCUAUUUCUACCACAGAGAAACGGAGUGUGAGGACACCUCACAGUUCCACCACGUCGCCACGUCACUCUGGGAAAAGGACGAUGAUGAAGAGGAAGAAGAGGAUGGGAUGGACGAGGGGCCUGAAUACAUGGGAGAUUAUGAACCACUGUACGGGCAGGACAGCAGGGGUAUCAGCCCUCCUCUUAGUGGGACUCUUCUGGCAGGACUAUGUGCAGGGCGGGCAGACAGUUGUCAGAGGGGGAUGAACUUCUACCUCAAUGAACCUCUAGUCACUGAGGUUUGACAGAGAGCAGGACAGACUGUAUUUUCAGGUUUACACUCAAACACUGAGAGUCAAGAUGGGAAGAUGCUGUUGAAAUGUGAAAAAGGAAGGCAGUGUAUAGCAGGAGAUUCAUACUGUAUGAAACUCAAGGACUUGUCAAGCCCAGUUAAUGUCCCUCAUGUGAUCACUGUUUUAAGAUUUUAAACUUUUCAUAGUCGACUCACCGAU